GUGAUAGUGGGAUAUUUAGGACAAGAGCAAAACGUCCAAAAUCCAGGAGAGCAUUGGACCCGGUCACCUCAUUAUUAUAACAACUAUAACAAGCCAGCCAAGGUUCCCACUUCCCGACAGAAGCCAUGAAAGAAUCGAAUUGAAAUUUCCGCCCUCCCCAAAAUAUAGGGCAUCAAAUACGCCAUUUUUGCUUUCUUCAAGCCUUCUUCCUUUCCUACCACUCUUCUCCUUUUUACGCAAUCAUACAUCUUCCCACUUUCUCUCUCUUUUCACCCAAUUAUAAUUUUGACAUUAUUAUCAAUUAAUUGACGCCAUUUUCAAGCGAAUUUGUGGUAGUAUACUUAGUAUUCGUUGCUUUUCAUUACUAGAUCUGACUUCUGUGGAUAAUUUUUGCAUGUUGAGCAUAGAAUGAUAUAUUUGACAAUUACAUUGUUGUGAUUGACGAAAGAUGGGAUCCGGGAGCAGCAAAACGCAUCGUGUUGAGGGUGGUUCGGCGUCCUCUGGUUCUUCCACGUCCUCGUUUUCAUCGGCAUUUUCUACUUCAACUGGAAGUAGGAUCAAGAAACGAGGAGUUUUUAGCUCCACAUGUCUCGGAUCGUCAUCCCGAGCUUACGACUCUGACGACGGCGAUGAUGAUCAGGUAUCAGAUUAUCACAGUGAAGUUAGUAGGGCAAGAUUGCAAGAAGUGAAAGUGGAUUGUUACCAAACAUCUAAAGUUAAUGGACCUGAUAACAUGCCUUGUGUAUCUUCUAAUAUAGAGCUUCGGGAAUGGGAUCAUGGAAAUGAAACAGACAGUGGCAGUAGGGCUGAUGGAAGUUCGUCUCAAGUCUUCUCUGGCCAACAUUUGAAUCAUUCAAGUCGAUUUUUAUCUCGCUUCAGUUUUGUCCCUGGUAGUGUUAGCUUUAGGCUCAGUAGAGCUGCUAGUGUGGGGUCAUCAUGCGAUUAUCCUUCUUCUCCUAUGAACUUUUCUGUUUCAAGUGGUGAAGGGGAUCACUUGCCUGGAAUAUCACAUCACUUGAUUAGCAGUCAUGAAAAUCAAACUAAUAGCAGUCUGAAUUCUUCACGCCUUACCAGUGCAUCGGUUGGAUCACAUGGUAAUUCAUCUGUAAAUUUGGUCCAGCUUCAUGCAAGUUCUACUUUGUCUGGUUCCUUGCAAGAUAACCAGGUCCUCUCUGCACAAAAUUUGGUGAAUAACCCCGAUGUCUCUCUUGGAAGUCAUAUAGAUGUGGAAGGGUUGAACAGGAGAACUGUCGACCAUCGAAAUGGUGCCCGAGAACAAGCAGACAGGAAUGUUCGUUUUAGUAGAACCUUGAGUGUUGGAAGGCUUCGUGAUAGGGUUCUACGGAGACCAUCUUUUUCAGACAUGACUCUUUCUCCUUUGCAGCAAGACAGGGUCGCUGCUCCUGAAGGAAAUGCUGUUGACUCUCUGAUGUCUUCUCCUUAUCCGCUGUCUGGCAUGCAUCACUCUUAUUAUACUAGUCAAAAUAAUGACAUCAAUGUGUCACACCUUAGAGAAGGCAGAAAUCAUGAUUUACUAGAGAAUAGAUCAACUUUCUUGGAACGACGUAGAAGAAUAAGGUCUCAGGUACGUGCUCUUCAGCGUUUGGGAAGCCGUUUUGAGAAUCUAUCAGCGCAUGAGAGUUAUUGUAUUCUGUCAGGACAGCAUCAGAAUGGCCAUUGCUCAUGUCGCAUCAGUUCCAGAGACUCUAAUACAAAUAAUGAUGGUGGUGCUCGAGCUAGUAUAUCGAGAAUCGUUAUGCUAGCUGAGGCUCUGUUUGAGGUUCUGGAUGAAAUUCACCAGCAAUCAGUGGUGUUAUCGUCUCGACCCUCUGUAUCAUCUAUUGGAUCAGUUCCAGCACCCAAUGAGGUUGUAGAAUCCUUGCCUGUAAAAGCAUACACAAAGUCAACAAAGUUUCAGAACGAGGAGGUUGCACAAUGUUACAUAUGUCUAUUGGAGUACGAGGAAAGUGAUGAGAUGCGCAUACUGCCUUGCCAUCAUGAGUUUCAUAAGAAGUGCAUUGACAAGUGGCUUAAGGAAGUUCAUAGGGUAUGUCCACUUUGCCGUGGAGACAUUUGCCGAGCUGAAUCAUUACGUGCCGGGAGUGGAGACAGCCGUUAGUGUUCUUCAUACAAUAGAACAGUGUACAAACAUAUAAUGUUUGUUCAAGCUCUCUGGAAUACAUAUCCGCGUCAGUGCAUGCUCAGGAGAUUUGUGAUUCUUCUGCUCGGAUUUUUAUUUCCUCAACAUUUUGACUUGAGUCACUUGGAUGAAGAAAGCAAAUCAAGUUAUAACAUCAAGUUCUCUACUUGUUCAAAUCUCUGAUUUCCGCCCACGUAUAUUCAGCAAGAGAAUACAACCGAGGAAGGAUAGUUUGGAUUGAGAUGGGGAAAGGAAAUCAAUGCUCAUUUGCGGGUGUCUAGUUCCCAAAAUUUUAUGAACAAUCGCAAUCUUAUGUGAAUGAUGUACUUAGAAAUUUCGGGUCCAAUCAUUUGCUUUGUUUUUGUUGGGUAACCUUGUGUAUAUUGUACAAUCAGGAGCUGAUUUCAUCUGUAUCUUGUAGCUGUGUAACAUUCAACUUCAACCAUACUUGAUUCUUUUAAUGCUUACUUCAGCAAUCUUCCUAACAGCCAAUAUUUUCAUGUA